ACACCGAAUAGCGCCGACACAAAAGGGACAUUAUUGAAGGUUGGCGACGCUUAUUGGCGCUUGUAGUUUUCGAGUCGAUAAAAAAAAGGCGUCGGGAGGAAAUAAAUGUAGAUUAAAUUUGCAACUGAGAGGAAUUCCUAUCUGCGCUGAGAAGUUUGCGGGAUUCACGCCCAGGCUAGGAGAGAGAACGGCAAGCGGCUGGGGAUUACACUGGGAAAGGCGGAUGUCUCAUUAUUUGCAAGCCCGUCGGCUAUUUCGCUCUGACUGGUGACAAAAACGGGACCCAUGCCGAUCCAGAACAUCAAGGUGGCAGAUGAAGGCACGGCGGGUUCAGCCAAGGCGAGGGAUGACUGCAGAGCUCUGGUGGACUCUCUGAACAAGGUGACGGGAUGUUACAGGCACCUGGCGAUCGGCAUCGGAGGGUCGGCGGAUUCCGCCGGCCUGAGAGAUGAGCUGAGGAAAACCAGGGAAAAGACCCAAGACCUGGCCGUGACCAUCAGGAACAAGCUGACGGCGGUGCUUCGGGACAAGAACCUGGGCAAAGAGGAGAGAGCGGAGAUGGAGAGCCUGUGGGUCAUAUUCUGCUCCAGUCUGGAAUUAUUUCAGGUGGACAUGUGCAAGGUGUUGGAAUUGGGACAGGGCUUUGCCUUGGCCGGGACCGAGAGACCUCUGAUUCAGACCGGAAUGUCUGGAGGUACUUCGGAGGUGGCAGCCCGGGCGCUGAGCGUGCCAAACAUAGUCCACGACACAGCCCUGGACGUGUCAAGCCUGGAGCAGAGGGAUCUGCAAGAGCAGAUCGAGAAGGUGGACAGGAUGGUGGAGAACAUGGAGAUGAAGGUCAACGUGCUCAGGUGGACGGUGGAAGCCAAGGGAGAUGCGUACCACUCGGUGCUGAGCAACGACACCUCCUCGGUAGCCCUGCUGUCGGUGGACGAGGAGGUGCGUGGCUGGUGGUGCUGUCAUCGGAGCAAAUGUCUUACAUCCAUGCUGCUCUGCACGGCGGCUCUCGCCGCUGUCGUGCUGUCCGUCUGCGCUGCUAACGUUGCAUGACUAGUCUUACCCCAUGGAUUAGAGAACUGCGAAAAGGUGCCUCUAAGUCGGACGAGCUAAACUUCAGAUGCCAUGCUGGAGAACCGUGCACGGAGCAGGAAACAAGGCAAACUUAUAUUUCUUAAAGAAGUUGUCCUUAAGCCAAAACCAAAACUAAACUGCGAACUAUAUGAGGCGUUUAAAUUGUUGAUUAUCCCCCUUCUAUGUCGCCGAAUAUGAAAUAAGUCAUAUUUAAUAUAUUUCAUGUAUUUAAUGAGCAAGUGAUUUCAAUUUAAAAUAUGAUCAAAUUUUUUAAAAAAUCAAUGCAACUGGUUUUUAACAAGUCGAAAAUUCCUAAGGGAGGAGGCUUUUAUAUGUAAAAUGCUGAUCAAUUUUUCCUAUAGGU